AUGAAUCAAACGCUUAUAAUGGAAUUCUUGCUUCUGAGAUUUACGGAAAGCCAGAUGCUAUUGAGUCUAUAUGCUGUGCUCUUCCUACUGAUCAACCUAGUGGCAGUAGUGGAGAAUUUAAUUAUCGUCUUGCUCACAAUUCUUGACCAACGCCUCCAUACUCCAAUGUACUUCUUCCUAAGACACUUAUCCUUCCUAGAUAUGUGUCUCAUUUCUGCCACAGUCCCCAAAUCCAUCCUCAACUCGAUCACCUUCACUGACUCCAUCUCUUUUCUGGGAUGUGUGUUACAGGUCUUCCUUGUGAUACUAAUGUCUGGGUCUGAAAUUGGCAUUCUCACUGCGAUGUACUAUGACUGCUAUAUUGCCAUCUGUCGCCCUCUGCAUUAUGAGGUUAUGAGCAAAGAGGUCUGUGUCCAGCUGGUGUUUGUCUCCUGGCUCUGUGGAGGGGCUUUUGGAGUCUUGUACACAGUUGGGACAUUCUCUUUAAAUUUUUGUGUGUCCACUGGGAUACAACAACUAUAUUGUGAUGUGCCUGCCCUGCUGAAGCUCACUUGUUCCAUGGAACAUGCAACUAUUAAUGUCAGUGUGGCCAUUGAGGUCUGUUAUGGAUUUUCAUGUUUAGUUUGCAUUGUGGUCUCUUAUGUUUAUAUUUUCUCCACUGUGUUAAAGAUCCCAACCAGAGAGAAGCAGUCCAAAGCCUUUUCCACCUGCUUGCCUCACCUCAUUGUGGUGAGUACUUCUCUUCUAACAGGUGCUAUUGCUUAUUUAAUGCCAACCUCUGAUAAGCCUUCUAUUCCUGACUUGUUCAUGUCUGUGUUCUAUUCUGUGGUACCCCCAGCUUGGAACCCUGUUAUCUACUGUCUGAGGAGCAAAGAUAUUAAAUCAGCUCUUCAUAAAGUCCUGUGGAAGGUUAAAAGGAGUGGAUUAACGGAAAGAUGA